CCGGUUUAUUGAUAAAGGACAGAUUUCCUGAUCGUUUCUUCACGAAUAGUCGAAAAUGACACCUCAAAAUACAUUCUAAAGUACACACGUUGAUGCAGAAGGUGCUAGUAUGAGGGGCAAGGGUGGUGAGAAAAAGGUGAGGCUAAAACACGUAAAUCCUCACAUCACAUGUGGGUUGUGUCGAGGUUACCUCAUUGAUGCUACAACCAUAACAGAAUGUUUGCACACAUUCUGCAAGAGUUGUAUAGUGAAGUACCUUGAUAAGCACAAUUCAUGUCCAAACUGUGGCCUGGUUAUUCAUCAGAGUUAUCCCAAGAAUUAUAUCAGCCAUGAUCGAACAAUGCAAGAUAUCGUUUACAAGAUUGUGGCAGAAUUACAAGAAAAGGAGGAGAAAAGGGAGAGAGACUUCUACGAUUCCAGAGGAAUACUGCCACCAAGGGCAAUAGCUGAUAAUGAAGUUGAAAAGCAGCAACCUCCUGUCCCCAAAGUGGACCAGGAUGUAGACUAUCAUCGCAAGGAUGAACAAGUGAAUAUAUGCCUGGAAUGUAGCGGCACCCAGCUGAAGGGACUCAAGAAACGCUACAUCAGGUGUUCCUCCCAAGCUACUGUGACGCAUAUCAAAAAAUUUAUCGCCUUAAAAAUAUAUCACACCCCAGACAGAUUUAAAGACGUUGAUGUGUUAUGUAAUGAAGAGAUUCUAGGAAAGGACCACACGUUGAAGUUUGUCGUUGUUACCAGGUGGGGAUUCAAAGACUGUCCCUUACUACUGCAGUACAGACCAAGACUAGAAAUCAGCUGAGAGUAAAUUCCUUUUUACUGAAUUUUCCAUGUUUUUAAAAAUUGUGUAUACAUUGUACAUGUGCAUUGUAUAAUGUAGUAGCGUCACAUGUAGGCCUGUUAUGUAGCAAGUGCUAAGACUUACACUGAUUGUUUUAUAUUUUCUGCUAAUUGACAAAUUGACUGUACAGUAGAACCUCUCUAUUAAAGACACCCUUUGGACUGACCAUAUCUGCCCGUGACAAAGAGAUGUCCUGAUUACAGAGUCAGAGUCAAUUCGAAUGGAAAUGACCUGUUUGGGAAUAAAACCAGUGUUCUUGAUAAAAAGGGUGUCCUUAAUAGAGAGGUGUCCGCUAACAGAGUUUCUACUGUAUGUUAUAUAUAUAUGUUGGACGGAUAUCAGAACCUGAGGUCAUCCAAAUGAUUACUAUUGUUUAAAGAAAAGCUUUUUUUUGAGGCGCACUGUAAUGUAUGCGUUGACACUCACAUCUUUGUGCACAUUGGUGAGAAAAUCCAAUGAUACGGACCACAGUGUCGAGGAUCCCUGUGCGUCCUCAAGUUUCAAGUUCACCAAAAAGAAAGCUUAUAAACAACACUAAAGAGCAUUGUCUGGAGAUCAUGUACUUCUUAGCAAUGUCAAUGCAAUCGUAGCAGCAUGGUUUUGUGAGCCUGUGGCCAAGUGAUUGGUGGGAGAUGGCUCUGUCAUCAGACCUUCUAUUUUACCAUGAUUAUUGUAAACAUUGUAUGCUGACAAAUCAGGAUGUUGACCAAAUCAAGGGGAGGAGGUGAUACUUAUUUUCGUUUUUAACCUGGUUUACAGCUUACUGCAAGCUGUAGAAUGGGAAAUAUUUUAGAAAUUGUGAGGACGGCCACAUCCUUUCAAGUUCCUAUAGAACCUCCAUGCCAACACGUGUCUCCCAUGGUAGACAUUUUAUGUGAAGAAAGAAUGUUUUUUAUUUUGUUGGUCAUGUAAUUUGUCCUUCUGAAUCAUGUGAUUGAAUACAAUAAUUGUUUUACGAAUCAAUGUUUUUCCUUUAGAAAUCUUUUGGCUACUUUGUGGAUUUUAAUCUGUUUGGCAGAAAAAUUAUGUAAAAUUUUGUAACAUGAUUGGUCAUGUUGAAGACGAUUCUUGUAUUUUGGUAACUUUUGAAUCACGUGGCAAGUUAAUACUCACUUUCAAUCACUGUUAAAUUCCUGUAAUUUCUACUAAGAAAGAAAAUCAAAAUUGCAUUAAACAACUUUGGCUUGAUCAAUAUAUUUUGACCAAGAAUAAGGGGCUGUCCAUAAAGUUCACACGCACCAGGACAAGGGAAUUGGUACCAGAGUGUACAAGGUGUGUCCAGGUGGGGGGACGGGGGUCCAUCCCUAAGUGUACCAUGCGUCUUUGCAGUUGAGAGUUGUCUGUGUCGCUUUCUUGCGAUAUUGUGUCUGCGCACUGCAUACUUUGUGCAGGAUUUGAUUCCAGUUAGUGGCCAGUCAAUACCAGGUCAAGUGCGAGUACUGGGACUAUUAAAGAGAAAAUAUAGGCAGCAGCUAGGCAAGAUAAAGUUACACAAAGUCGCCAAUAGGGGUCUCUCACAUCUCACAGUACGUCGAAAUGAUUGACGCUUGUACGAGGGAUAUAUUUAAAGCUGAGCCUGACAUGACCAAGGGCCCUUAAUGUGUAUACUAGUCACUUGAAGAUGGCCAAAUUAGCCCCAUACUCCUGCGUAUAGUCCCCCUUUAAAGUGAUGCCUGGCAGCAGCUGAUCAGCUUUAAAUUCUGGCAUAAAAAGAAACUGUUUCUUAUGGCAAGGUGAUUGAUACAAAGAGUGGAAAGUAUGAUGACAAAGGUCAAAUGCAUCAAAAUUCUACCGAUGUACAUUGUUGAAUGUAUGGCUUACUAAUGUGUACCAGACAGAGAGUAGGGGAGCUAUGGCCAUAGGGGGGCAGAAAAUCGGUGGUUAGGUGCGUAUGUACUCUAUGGACGGCUCAGUGUCUGUAAAUGUUGCUGAAACAUUGUUUUAAACACUUUGUAUGUUACCCAGGGUUAUUGUACUUUGAAGGGAUCUCUGCAAGAACCAGGUAACCAAAAUCGCCGCGCUGCUUUGUCUGCACCAAUCAGGGAGGCAACGUUCAUGCGUCUCCAUCCAAUGAGGAGCCGCAUCAACACUGACGUAAUUGAAAUGUUUUACAAUUACUAUACAACACUUUGUAUCAAUGUGUUCGUCAUUGUCCUCCAUUGACUGAAAUCAAAAGUAUUACUAUACAUGGUACAUGUACAAGUUUUAAGAUAUUGAAAAUGCCCUCAAAAGCAAUAUGCUGUAAACAGGAGUUUUGCUGAGAGGAAGAACCCAGUAAGUGUAAUGAUGGAAAUGUCAGUUACUCAAGGCUUCCUCCUAUUGGUGCUUUGACCUACAAAACAUUCUCCUGGAUGUGUUCACUGCUAAAUCUGUCGUCCCCCUGUCGAUGUCGUCAUUGGUGCCAUUUUUUCUUUGGUACGACACAGGAAGUGAAAUAUCCAAAAUAUUGGUAAACAAGUUUUUGCAGUGGCCCCUUCAAUUGUCCUGUGACUUUCUAUAAUCAUCAAAAGAGUCUACUAUUGUUUAAACGUUUUUAA